AUGAAAAAUAUAGAGUCAAACUUAAUUUGCGUUGAUAAAGAUUGUAAAUUAAAUAGAGCUAUAACUAAUUGGAAAGAGUUAUAGAAUCAUUUCCAAUAUCAACACAAAGUUUAUACUUAAGAAAAGUUCGAGAAGAAAGUUAAUAUCAAGUUAAAAGAAAACAACCAGAAACUCAAAAUGUCUAUUGAGUAACAUAUUUCUGAGUAUAUUGCAAAAGAAGAGUAAUAAAUUAACUAAAGAAUUAAGUCUCUAUUUUAACUUUUUUAAAAUCAUUCUAUUAUUGAAUUUGUACAUUUGCAAGAGUAAAUUAUAAAUAAUGAGCAAAUAGAGAGUAUAUCUCCUAACCACUAAUAUGACAGCAAUCUCAAAAAAUAUAUUGAAAUAUAUUAUAAUUCAUCUGGAUAAUCUAACUAAUCUUUAGUUAAUACUUUUUUAGAAGGAGUUAAGUAUAAAUUCAAUACGAUUAUCAAUGAAAUGUUGAAUUUUAUUGAUAAGUUAGAGCUUAACCAUAAAUAGGAAAGUCAAUAUUCUUACAACGAAGCCCCAUAACCUUAGUAAGAGGACUAUUUUUAUUAAAAAAAUAUAUAAUUUAACUAGAACUCUAAUUAAACAUACCAAAAUUAAUAUGAUUAUAAAUACGUACAAUAACAAGAGAAUACUGAUGUGUAUCAAUUUUAAUAAGAAGAUCCAUCAAAUAAACCUCUAAGAUGGUAUAAAAGCCCCUCAAACUAAUAAUAAAGACCAUAAUUGUAUGCUUAGGAAUAAUCAAAGAAAGACUAUCAAUAAGGAUUAUAAUUAUAGUAAGAAAAAUAAUAUAAACCUGAGUAUAUUUACAAUCCUAAAAAUGAUGUCAAUAAUGAUAAUUAAGAUAGAAUUUAAUUUUUAUUACCAUCUGAAAGUAAUUAAAUUAAAAAAAGUAAUCCAACAAAGAUAAAAGUUAUUGAUACUUAAGAUUUAAAUUAAGAGAAAUAAGAUAUACCGAUUGUUGUCGAGUAAUCUCAAAAUUAAGGAAAAGAAAUAUAAACUGAUCAAUCUUUUUAAAGAACAAAAAUAGUUGGCAAGAAGUUCGAUAUAACAAAUUCUGAUAAACACCUAAAAUAUUCAUAGAGGUUUACAUAAUACUCUUGUGUUUAAUAAGGAGUGGCCUUGGUAGAAGGUGCUUUUACAUUAAAUGAUAAUGCAAAGGUCAAAUUUAAAUUUUCAGAGCCAUUUGAGAAAAUUCUAGUAAAAAAUCAUUAUUAUAUAAAAGACAGCUUCUUUUGGAAUGUAAAACGUUGAUGAUUAGGGUAAAAAGCUAGGAACUUACAAUCUCUAUUUGGAUUAAUCUGGAAGUAUGAGUUUGUUUAAUGUAUUAGUGUUGUAUAAGAAUGAAAAGGCAAGACAAGGAUAAUUGAAAAUUGAAUUAAACUAAGAGUAUAUGAUGUAAUACAGAGCUGAGAAACGACUGUUGUCAUUCAGAAAAUAAGAUCAUUCAGUAAAUUAUAUUUCUCCAAAUAGGAAUACCUUCAUAUUGAAGGAAGUAUCUCUGGAAGCUUUAAAUUUUAUGUUAAGUUAUAUGGAUUGCAAGUUUCGAUAAUUAAAUGAAUAUGAAAACCAGUAUUAAU